UCAGCGUCCCGUGCGCGUGGGUGUGUCUGUGGAAUCGGAGGAGAAAGAUGGCUGCGGGACGAAGGGUGAGGUUGACAAAUCUGAGAGUCACAGUUUAAGGACAGACACGUUUCGGUGGAGGACAAAACGGAAAACAACUCUCGCCCGCGCAAGUGUCUGUGUGGUCGGUAUGGACUAUCGUGCCGAUUGCAGAGCAGAUGACAGGGAGUGCAGACAAGCCUCACAUGCUCACACACUUAUCACCGGUGUGCAGUGACUGUUGCUGAGGACAUCAGCAGGAUUCCAUCCUUUCUAUGCUUUUAUAUCAUUCAUUUCUGCUAUCCGGAGAAAUUGACUCUUCAUUUCUUGCAUUUGGACUCCUUUUGUGACAUCCCCCUUUCCCCUCCCCUCUUUCCCUUCUUCUCGUCCCCCCUUCCCCUCUCUUCAUCUCCCUUCCCCUCUCUCUUUAGCUCCCUUAUCCCUGUUUCUGCGACCUUUUCUGAUCUCCUCCCUUUCUUGCCUUCUUUUCCCUGUUGACCUCCUAAUUCAAUUUUUAUCUGCCUGUGAGAUACGAUGAGUUGGCUAAGUCGUUUAAAUCCGAGGGGUCCAGGCACUAGGGCCAGCCGACAAACAGCCCCAUCCAGCCCAUGUACUGCCGACCCUGAAACUUGUCUUAUGGUGUUUGAGAACCACUGGAGACAGUUGUCCGGGGUGUUGAAAAAGAGGGAGUCGUCUGUCGGUGGUGGCGCUGAUGAUCUCACAGCAGUUUGCAAUCACACAGAUCAGAUGCUGUGUCUGCUAGCCGAAGAGAGACCACCAGAGGGAGACAUUGAUUCACCAGCAAUGGGUCCCAUUCUGAAGAUGGUGAUAGCAGAGAACAUACUGGAUGAGCUGGUACAGUGGCAUGUGUGCCGCGGUCUAGAUCCAAACAGUCAGUUAGAGCUACUGAAACUGUUUGAGAUGCUGAUGGGGCAGUCCCAUCAACCCCUGCUCCAACAUAUUGCAGUGCUGCAACCUCUGCUCAGCUUGCUCGGGGCAUGCGUGGACCCCCAACUGGGCUGCCCACCUGCCCUUGAAUCCAGUCUUGUGUUGCUGCUAAAUCAGGUAUGUGUGUCCAUGGCGAAGCAGACUGCAGUUUUGGAGUUGUUAUUUAAGUGUGAGGCAGUACAGCAGGGUCCCACUAACCUGCUGAUCUUCUCCCUGUUGGUGCCAUUUAUCCAUCGAGAUGGCGCUCUGGGACAGCAGGCCCGUGACGCUCUGCUCCUCGUCAUGGCAACCUCUGCCAGCAACCAUGCUGUUGCACGCUACAUCGCUGAGAACUCCUACUUCUGCCCAGUGUUGGCAACAGGGCUCAGUGCACUGUAUUCAUCCUUGCCAAGGAAGAUCGAGGUACGGGGCGAUGACUGGCACGCCUUGCGGAGAGAGGACUGGAUUGGUGUGUCUUCACUGGUGCUGUUUAUGAACAGUCUUGAAUUUUGCAAUGCUGUCGUACAGGUGGCACACCCUAUUGUGCGCUGCCAACUCCUCGACUACCUCCACAACGGCUUCCUGGUUCCAGUUAUGGGCCCCGCUCUGCACAAGUCGUCGGUGGAUGAGAUGAUAGCAAGCACGGCAUAUCUGGACUUAUUUCUUCGCAGUAUCACAGAAACAUCCCUCCUCAAGACCUUCCUGCGCUUCAUUUUGUUGCAUCGCCAUGACAACGACACCAUCCUUGACACACUACUCACGCGUAUCAGCAGCAAUUCAAGGCUGUGCAUGGUUUCUCUCAGUUUGUUCAAGACACUGCUCAGCCUCAACUGUGAAGACCUCAUGCUCCAGCUUGUUCUCAGGUAUUUGUUGCCAUGUACCCAUGUAAUGCUGAGUCAAAGAAGGGCGGUCAGAGAAACUGACCUCUAUGGCAAAUCAGCUGACAAGUUCCUUUCCCUCAUACCAGAAUGCUGCAGAGUCACUGCAGCGCCCUCUAGUGAGCGGGAUGAUGAACCUGCCUUUUGGGGAAAGGUGUUGGGUAGCCCCACUUCAGAAUCACCAGCUCAGCCCAGACCCAGCACUCCUUCCCGCCUUGCUCUCUUCAUUCGACAGCAAAGCUCAGGAGGCCCGGCCAACCCAUCUUCAACUGGCAUGGAGAACACCCCCUCUUCCCCUCGUGGUACUGUUUCUUCCCCUCUCUCCCCUGAUAGCCCCAUCCACCAACUCGCAGAUGCUACGGAAUUGGAAUCCAGCUACCUAGAGUAUUUGCGAGAUGCUCGGAGGGGUAUUGAGCUCUGCUCCUGGGCCUGUCGAGACUGGUCGGCACCCUAUGAUGGAGAAAAUCCUUCUCCGAACUCUGCUCCUCAACCACCUCCCCCUCUUACAUCCAACCCCUCCAUCAGUAUGGUACCAGAGCAUUUCUCCCUUGCUGACCCUGCCCAGCAUAGGGCGGCUUUGGUUGCUGCAACACGUGAUGAAUGGAGCAGCUCUGACCGAGAUAGUGGAGAGUGGGACGUUACCAUCAACAAGAACUGCAUAAGCCUUACGCCCCGCAACAAGAAACGCAGCCUCCUCCCCAGCUCUAUACCCUUACAGUCGUCAUCUUUCCCAUCAGCCUCCACAGAGGUCAUGGGUGACACGGACACGGCAUCCCAACACUCGCAUUCGGCUCCACAUUCAGCACUCCAUAAUGGGACAGGGCAAGUGCAGUUGGCAGACACUGUAGAUGGGGAUGACAGAAUGGCGGUAAAGAAAUUGAAGAGAGACUCUGAUGUAAAUAGCAUAGUGGUGGAGUCGGAGCAGAACGGAUCGCAGGGCAUGAGCACAGUGGUCUCCAGUCUUCCUGAGGAGGGAGGGUGCAGUGAUGUCCAUGUAGGAUCUCAUCUAAAAUCAUCUCAGGUGCAAUUAAACUCUCAUCGGCAAUUGCAAACAACGCUGCCAUCCUCUACCCAGGAGCAUCUGCAAAGUGAGGACCAGAGAUCAUCUCCCGUUCCUUGUUCGAGAGAGUUGGGUGGGCCAGAGUCCGUUGAGCGUCUGAUCGAGGAGAUGCUCGAGCGGGCACCAUCGGAGCCAUUGUCUGGUGAUUCGAUCUGCCAGGGCAUCAGCAUUGAGGCCUUCCACCAGGAGCUGAGGGAGUUGGAGGAACGCGUACGAGAGCGGAGGGUUCUUUCAUGCAGCUCGGAGGAAUCCACUCGAGACUCCCACACUGCUGCUCCUGCUCACAACCUGACAGAUGAAGAUUGUCUUCCAGUGGAGACCGUGCAGCGGUCCGAUGAAACCAAGCCUGACAGCUCUACCCUUGGGGUAUUUAGCCCAGCAAGACCCCUCGGACAACCUCUUGCCCAACCGUACACAGGUCCAUUUAUAAUGAUCCUGUUUAGUAAACUGGAGAGUAUGAUGCAGAACUCCCUGUAUGUGAAUAUUUUGCUAACAAGUGUUGUGUUCCAACUGGCCUGUUACCCUCAGCCUCUUCUUCGUUCUUUCCUCCUUAACACUAACAUGGUGUUUCAGCCCAGUGUAAAAUCACUCAUACAGGUUCUUGGGUCAGUAAAAAAUCGCAUUGAGGCUUUUGCAGCAACACACGAAGACUUCCCUGCCAUGUUGAGAAAGGCUCGACGUUUUCUGGUUGCGAGGGGAAAGUUAGACUGGACGGAUUCACCCAUGGCAGUGCCCAACCUUCGUCGAUCAGACUCAUUAAUUAAAAGCCGCAAACCAUCUCUGGGUGAUCUUAUCCUGAGGCACACCAACAGUCCAACGAGAGCUAGGAAUGCUGCUCAGUUGGCUCUGGCCCACGUGAGAGAUGGAGGGCAGUCUCUGCACAGCGCUCUGUUCCGUGGUGGCACAUCUGGUGGAGCCUUGAGUCUUGAGAAGCAGGCCGAGGCACUGAGGGUGAAAAACGCAGUCUACUGCGCUGUCAUUUUCUCAGAGUUCCUCAAGGAGCUGGCAGCUCUCGCACAGGAACAUGCAGUAGCCCUACCCUUCCCACCGAGUCACAGCACUGAGGAAUAAAAUCAAGCCAAAAGAUCCUCCAUACCUGUUUUAUCCACUGUUCCAGGCACUGAGCUGUAGAUGUAUACUUGUGACUUUCCAAACAAAUAUCGUUUUUUUGUUUUUAAAGGAUUUCUAAUGGACAAAUUCCACUCAAGUUCAUAAGGGUGAAGGCCAUCUCUUGUUAAUACACUCAUGUUCAUAAUGUAAUUUUUAAAAAUUGUACAGGACCAUUUAUCCAUUAAGCUUUAGGAAAUUGUGCAUAUAAAUUGUGUAUAUAGUCUAUAUAGAAUAUCUACUGUAUGUGUAUAAUGAUUUUUUACACUCAGAAAGAUUGCAUCCUUAAAGGUAGAGGAGUUUUGCUGUGUCAUUUCAAAGAAUAGAUAAUAGCUGAAGUAGACUCACAACACACAGUUGUUUUAAACUUUUAUGAGUGUGGAAGUUCAAUUUACAACUUAAGUCUUUUAUAGAAAAUGGAUUUUUCGGAUCACAUCAAAACAAAUAUUUCUCUGGCAUUUUUAAAGGAUGGAUUAACAGACACUGUUUACCAAUUACUCAUUUGGGCAAUAAGUUCUCAUGCAUCUCAUCAGAAUUUACCUCUUUUUUUGAAUACCUCUUAAAAUUCAAUGCAAGUAUAGAUGCCCAUAACAAAUUGCCCAGUAAUGUCUUUCAAUCUGUAAUGCACAUCCCCAAUAGCUACUAUAUAGUGGAGUCAAUAAGACAGAAAGGAACGGUUCAAAGGGAUUCCUACCUAACACAUUUCACCUAGAAUUUUAGUUUUAAAUGUUUUUAGCCGAAAGUUUGCAUUUCUGUUGUCCUAAGCAGCUUAUUUUCUGGUGUGGUAGGGAAUGGUAAUGGUACACUCACCCAGUAUCGCAUAAGUGAUACUCUUUCAUUUUAGGAAAGGCACUGCGUUUAGUUGCCUGCCCACAAAAAUCUCCACUUAUAAUGGAUGUUAAUUCUUUGAUCAGGUGAUCUUCUCCUGGCUUCUGACUGGGUGCUAAUGCCUAAAUGUUUGACUGGUAUGUUCAUUGUUCUGUUGAACUCAAAAGAAGACAUUUGGAAGAAUGUAGCACAUAGCAAAAAGUUCUGGGGCACUUUUGACUACCGUCAUAUUUUUUCCAUCGUAGUAUUCAAUGGUGGGCAACAUUUGUCUUGUUAUAAGCAUUCUUCCAAAUAUCUUUGUGUUCAUCAGAACAAAGAAAUGUAUACAGAUUUGGAACAUCUCGAAGGUGAGUAAAUGAUGACAUAAUGUUCAUUUUUGGGUGAAGUAUCCCUUUAAUUUUUCAAAUGGUAUGGAGUAUGAGAUUAUGAGAAAAGGCAAUGUGUUAAAUUUGUUUAGAUCUUUCUUUUACUGUUGCCAAAACACUUUUGUCACUUUAAUGAAUGGAGGUUAAGUAUAUGCAUGUGCAUUUGUUAGUUCUUUACAGUUUUGUUUUGCCCUUGGUAGACCUUUAGACAGGUCUUCAUCCAUCCAGGAGUUGUUUUAUCACAUACAAGCCAUAUACACAUUACCUCAAUUGCUUUUCAUUGGUUUACAGCAAUAUUCAUGCUGCUUAAGUUGUGUAAAUUCGGUUGAUUCUUAAUUAAGUUUGUUUUAAAGUAAGAUUAAUUUAGUGUUUAGAUGAAAAAGCAGGUAAAAUUUCACAAGAGAGUCCAAUGUUUUUUGGCUGUUAAAUUAUCAAUCCAUCCUUUUUAUUCUCUUCACCCAUCCAUUUCUGUCCUUUAUGUAGGUUUUGCAGGACAUUUGUGUGCUGGUUCUCUGCUUUUGUUAUUUGAUACCCAGGUUUUUUGCAUGUUUGGCAUGUAAAUUCCAUCUUUUAGGAUAACGUCUUGAAAAUACUUAAUUUGGCAUCCCUGUGAGAUGUUAUGAACGCACUCUUUUAUAUUCUGUGUACUUGUGGGAGAGAAAUGAAGGAACAGGAAUGACAAAGAGCAAAAGGUUGAAUGAUUAAACGGUACAUAUUUUUAGUGUUUAGUUUUCUCAACUGUGGUAACUAUUUUCCGUUACAAUUUCUGAAGUAGAAAUUUUUAUACACAUUUUUUUGUGUCUGUCAUAGGAUACAAAUGCACAAAAAUGCCUAUUGUUUUAAAUGAGGUUCAUAAUUACCUGAUGUGGUGCAGGUUUUUCUUUUAUUGCGCAAGUAUUUGAUUUAAAGAAAUCAGAAGUUCAUUGAUUGUGUAUGCUUGUUAUAAAAGUAUUUGCUUGAUGCAUUGGUGUACAUUGAAGAAUUUUGGUUGAUUUCCUGUCAUUUGUUUUAUCUUUCUUCACCUUCUCUGUUUGAAUGGAACUUUGAAAGAUUUCUCCAACUUGUUAUCUAUGCAAACUGGUUUCUGUUUAUUCGGUUAAACUAAGAUGGUUAAAGUCUUGGGAACAAACACAAACUAAAUUUACUAUCUUCAGAGCUACCUUAAUACUUUGCUUGUCCCUUCAACAAUUUUCUGGACUAUGGAAAACUCAUGCAAAAUGAUGAAUGUUAGCAAAAAUAUUUUUAUAUACUUAAAAUGGAAAGCAACAUGGAACUGAAUGAAGAUUUGAAUCAAUGGUUAAAUAUUCAAAUAAAAUCAAACACUAAAGGGAAUGUUUUUAUUCAUUUAUAAACGUUUUACCUGGCAAUA